AUGAUGAAAUUUAUUGUUACUAAUAUUUCUGUAUAUAGGAUUAACGCGCAUACCAAUCUUACGGAAAUCAAGGACAUGUUAGACUUGCUUUGGCGCAAUAACGUGGAUCCCCAGCGUAUCAUUCUCGGUCUGGCAUUCUAUGGCUGCAGUGCCACCGCCGCAAGCCCAUCCUGCGUACAACCUGGAUGUCCAUUUGUAUCCUCCGGCAAUGCUGGAGCCUGCAGCGGCGCGGCCGGUGUGCUAAUCAAUACGGAGAUCAAGGACAUCAUCCAGCAGAAUGGGCUCACUCCUACAUUCGAUAGAGAAGCCGCCGUCAAGCACAUCUCAUGGGGCGGCAAUCAAUGGGUGUCGUUUGAUGACGAAGAAACCUUCAAGAUCAAGGCCGAAUUUGUUAAGUCGACUUGUCUCGGUGGCGUCAUGGUCUGGGCCAUUAGCCACGAUUCUCGCCUAGGCGAUGAUGCUCUGGCACUGGGCCGAGCCAUCGGCGCCACCCGCAACGAGAUCUCUCCUGGGUCAUGGACAUCCGGGCUUCGUCCCUUUCAAACAAGCUAA